AUGCGAUUGUGGAGGUAUAAAAGAAAAUUGGUUUUCGUGGCAUUGUUGACAGUAAUUAUUGUUUAUGUGGGCUUCAUGGUCCACAUACGUGAAAAACCCAUAAAAAGCACCGAGGUACCGACUUUUCCUCCGUUGAUUUCGCAUCAGAGAGCUGGACCUUUGAAUGUAGACAUUUGGGAGGACAUUUGCGGACACAAGAUGCAAUCACUAAAACAUUUUCCACUCUUUCCGCAUCGGCCAUCGACACGUUUACGAGCGUCAGAUUUGCAACUCUAUUUUCGGCCAGAAUUCGAAAAUUUUGGACUUCGAAUAUUUGGAUAUCUGUCCCCCAUCGAAUCCGGGCUUUACAGUUUUCAUGUAGAUACAAGUGAGACCUCCGAACUGUGGUUAAGCCCGGAUUCAAAGCCAGAAAACAGCGUAUUAAUCGCAAAUACAACUGCCGGGAUAACAUCAGAGUUAGACAGCAACAGAAAUGGGAUCACGCUUCUUGCAGGAAAACGUUAUUUUUUGGAAGUUUUACUAAAGCAUGGGAAACAUGAAAAAGGGAAGCUUCAUCACUUGGAAGUCAAAUGGAAAUUAUUUCCUGGAAUUGGAAGGGACAUGACGAAAAUCCCCUCUGAUGUGUUUGUUCAUGAUAGGUUUGGUCAACUUGAUGAAAAAGCAAAUGCCGUUUUUCCCAUGCACACAAAACGCCCAGAUCCUAGCUUUGCAAUAGAUAGUCAUCAGCACCUUUCAGAAAUGUAUCUCCUUCCUUUCAUUAGUGAAAGUGAUUCUAAAGAUCUUUUCCCUCCGUGUGACUACAAUCCUUCAUACCUGGUGAAGGCACCUUUAAAGAGGUACGGGGCCAUUUGGGAGAUGCAUUAUACGUCCAUUUAUCCUUUUGACUACAGUGAUGUUGUUGACAAGGAGAAAGAUUUUGUUUCUUUUGGCAAUGACAAGUUGGAUGAAGGUAUCGCUGAAGCAGUUGUUUCCCAAGUCUGGAUACAGCUCAAGAAGAAACAACCAGGGUAAUUAUGUGUGCUGGUGUAUUUCAGUUUUGAGGGACUUUGAUUUUUACCCAACUUGGCCAUAUCUAUGUCUGUGCUAUACUGGAUUGCUUUUUUCGUGCAACAUGAAAAGCUAUCCAUUACAGUUUGAGCUGUUGCGGCUCAUGGCUGGCUAACCUGAGAUCAGGCAUUUUUUUUUUUUUCCUUCUUUGUUUCUUUGGCUCGAGAGGGAAAAAAAAUAACGCCUGACACAUUCAUUUAACAAACCGUUAACUGCCCCCUAAUUUACAUAAUCUAACGUCUGCUUGACCUGACAUGUUAUUAGCCAAUAAGUGUUUACCAAACAGGAAUGAAAUUUAGGCGCGAAUAAUGCCUCUUUUGAAAUCAAUUUUAGGGAAAAGAAAAUUUUCAAGUACGCCCAUGUUCAGAUGGCGCUUCCUAAAAAAAUUUUAAAUGUGUUGUUUUUGUGAUGAAUUACUGCUAGCUGGAGCUGCCGUACCUUUAUUUAACAGCUACCAAUAAUAAAGAAUUUACUGGUUAAAGCUGGUUGACUUUGUUCUGUGCCGAAAGCUGUGAAAAAAAAAUUAGGCUGAAGCACCACAUUUUACGAACUGAAAGGUGUUAUGAAAGCAAAGAUUGCUCAGAAUAAUUCGCAGGUUUCUGAAGGAGGAAUUGCAGUCAAACCAGGCCAAGAUUCCAUUCAUGAAUUGAUUAUUUGAAAAGUGAACCCAUUUGUCGCUUCUGUAACUUGUAGCCGGUAUCAAAUUGCAUUCAAAUGCACGGUGAAUUUUUGACUGCAACUUUUUAGUAUACGAUGAGAUGGAAAAUAUUUCAAUUGAUGAAAUUUCUAUUUAGGCAUUCUUCAAAUUCAAGAAAACUGAGCCAGCAGAAAUUUUUUAACGAACUCGCGUGUGUAUUUACUGCUCGUUACGAAAGCAAAAAUGUAGACUGAAAACAACAACAACUAAUUUUGGCCAAUUGGAACAGCGCAAAUCAUCUGUAUUGUUUCCUAUCUAAUCAGAAAAAAGUCCAUAUUCUGGCUUUUUUACAUGUGAUCUGACAAAGAAAUGUAUCAUGCCCUCUUCCCAUGAGAGACAUAAAGGGAUAAUACGAAGAGGGCAUGAUCUCAGGCUAAUGGCUGGCUUGCAGGGAUUGUUAGCUGUGGGAGUGGUACUGGGUCUAGGCGCUUACUGGCCGGCCACCAGUUGAAGCCCUUGGACACCCCAUUGAAUCCUAGGCACCCAACCUUUGUUUAGCAAUGCAGUUGUUAAAUUCCAAUGUAGUGUAAAACAUAGAGAUACUAUAGUAGUAUGUAAUAGGGCUUUAAUCCUUCUUGAAUUGGGCAUGAGAAUUUAAGCAUCGUAGUAUGAGAUAGAUAGCUUUAUUAAGAAGUAAAACCAUUGCAGCCCCUGGGCUGGCUGAAAUCUGACUUACUUUACAAUGGAAUUAAAAAUUAUCUAUAAUUCAAAUAUGAUGUAGGGUAAAUUUUGUAGCCUGUUGUAGAUGGAAGAUCCUUGAAAUAAGGUGUUAGUAUUUGAGUUGAGUACAUGUAGAAGAUUCAACUUUUUGUAUCAUUCAUUUCUUGAGAUUUACAGUUUGAGUAACUUUUGGGAAUUUGAAGACAUUCCUUAAUGCAAACCUAAGAAUCUUCUAGGUGGUUGGUGUUAUUUGUGUAUUUAUGUGAAUAUCCUGAAAAUGACUGGUAUGAGACUUGGGUCUGAAAGCAUUCAAAGAGGUGUGUUGCACCUCACAACCAGGGCUGGAAAAAAGUCCUGCCUGGUAGUCUGGGACAAGUAGAUUUUCCUGUUGCGCAAGUUACUUUUAAAGCUUUACUUGCCCAAUGGGUAAGGGUCUAGACAAGUCAACCUCUAAUGAACGCAUAAAGUAAGACGAGCAAGAAGUGGCCCCAGGCGAGCAAAAUGUGAGAGUUUUUUUUGAGUUUCUUGUGAGCUAUACCACCCUUCAGGGAAAAAUCUUCUAGGGUGUGAGAGUCACUUUGAUAACAAUCAGAUUUUUUUUCUCUUCAAUCUAGGAAAUACUUUUUUGUGCAAAUCCUAAAUGUUGAGGAAAAUCGUGACCCAGGAAGAGGAUACAGGUAUUUAGUGGAAAUGGAACUCAAAGAAAUUUUGAGUGGAAAAUCUGUGAGAUUCUCAGAAUAUGUAUACAGACCUUGGGGUGCACAAGCCCUCUGUACGCCUGUGGGCGUGGCAUGGAACAAAAGUGUUGUUGUCAACAUUUUGCUUACAACUGGAAAUAACCAGGGACGGUGGAUUCUUCACUUCCUCGAAAACAUGGCAAGAAUUUACAACAGAACUAAAGACACCAAUUUUAAUGUUGUUAUCGUCGAUUUUGACAGCAAAGACAUUGAUCUUGGGAAUGCUCUAAAGAUGGCUACAAUACCAUCUUAUCAGUAUGUUAACAUUAAAGGGAAGUUUAAAAAGGUUAUUGGACUGCAAAAAGCUGCUAGUAUGGUCACAGAUCCUAACUCCAUUGUUUCUGUAAUGGAUCUUCAUAUUGAUAUACCAUAUUACUAUCUAGAUGACUUAAGAAAGGUUAGUCAGCAGUGCUUUAUGUUAGUAUUGGUACAUUUGAAAACGUUUAGUUGAAUUUACACUAUAGAAAUGAAAAAAAAAAAUAUUAUUAUUAUUAUUAUUAGUCUACCACCAGGGGUUUCGAGUGGGACUACUAUAUUGGUAGUCACUGGGUUACUCACUAGAAAGAUGAUUGGUAACUCACUUGGAAAGAUGAUUGAAGUAUUCAAUUAUCAGUUGAUCAGCAAAUAAUGGUAGUCAAAGGGGUUUGACAUGUGGGUUGUUCUUUGUAAAAGAUCCUCAAAGUUUCAAGGAUUUUACUUGUAGAGAGCACAUACACAGGAAAAAUAAUGAUCUGUAUGAUUUUUUUGGUGACUUGGUGGGUCCAGUAGUCAGUAUAUCAAAACAAACAAGGGAGGACAGCCCCAGAGGAAUAAUGAUGACUGAGCUUUUGAAUUUGAAGGUUGUCUCCAACCAAACAUCUGGCUUAGUGGUGGGGGGGGGGAGGAGGAGGAGGAGGGGAGGGGGGUAGACCAGGCCCUUGUCCUCCCUUACACCAAUCCCUGUGUGGAGAACUUACUCUUGGCUUUUUCUAGAAGAAGUUCCUGAUGAGGUGGACCAGAGUGGGAGGGGGGUGAGGAUUCAAACCCCAUUCUCUUCAUCAAUUGUUUUUACAGAUCCCAGUGUCCCGUUUGAAGUUUGCUUAAAAUCCCAAUCCCAACUGUAAAAAUGCACAGGCAAUUAUAAUUCCCUGUGACUUAAAUUCCAUUUUCCCAGUCCAAAAAAAUUUCUAGCCCACAGUCAACCUGUUUUGGGAAGAAAUAGUUAAGGUCAUUGAAUUUAUCUUGAGUACAUAAUCUAACACUUGCUAUUUGCCCUCACACCCUCUUUCAGCACUCUGUUCAACACAAGAUGGCCUACAGCCCUAUUCUGGUUCGCUUAGCUUGUGGCACAACAUCUACUGAACCUUUUGGCUACUGGGAAUUUAAUGGUUUAGGAUUGAUGGCUUUGUACAAGAGUGACUGGGACAAAAUUGGAGGAAUGAAUGUCAAGGAAUUUAAGGAUAAGUGGGGUGGGGAGGACUGGGAAUUGGUGGAUCGGUUACUGGAAGCAAGGAUGGAAAUAGAAAGAAUUAAAAUGGUGCAUUUGUUUCACCACUUCCAUUCAACCAGAGGCAUGUGGAAUCGAAGUAAUAACCACACAAAUGCUAAAAGUAACUCAAGCAGAUAUUGGUAUUAA